GCACAUAGCAAGGCACCUCUCCUGCCCUGAGGAGGGACACAGAAGUUCAUCUCUCUGCUUGCUGGUGGUGAAGUGCUGUCAUCUCAUCUCUGCCAGGUCCUGCCAAGCUGCAUCUCCUGAGCUCCAUAGGUGGCUCCAUAGGUGCUCAUUGCUGGAUGUGUACCCUUCUCACUGCUGAGACUGGAUGAUGUCAGCCAUACUCCAAACACCAGUUUGGGGUAUGCAUGGAUGCUACAGCCUCAUCUGAAUCCCCUUCCUCCUUCCAGGACCCACACCAAGCCUCUAGAUCCCUUGCCCCUUGGGGCAGUGGGGAGCAGAAGAUCCGGUAUGCCGGCUGUUGAAGGAAUGACUUCUUCUGGUCCAGGUUCCAGGUUCACCACAGAGGAUGCAAUGAGGAAACCAGUGCAUUCGAAGCCACCUGUGUCACUGGGUAUGUACAAGAGCAUGUACAAGAAGGAAUACACAUGGAAAGAGGGAAUCAAACCACCCACUGAGGAGGAUGUGCAGAAGCUCAGAGCCAAGGAGUUUGCUGUGCCCAAGGAGCCGCAGGUGAUACCAUACUAUGACAAAGCUGUCAGGGAAGGGAGAGAAGUCGCACCAAGUGAGAAGCAAGAAGGCACUGCCAUCAGUCCCAGAAUGCUGCAGCAGGCUCAUGAAGAGCAGAGAAAGCCCUUCAGUUCUGACUUCCCCAUCGCAGAAAGCCAUGCACCAAAGCAGUACCUCACUACUGAACUGGCAGGACCAGAGAGGCCACAGGCUCUCAGUGGGCUGAAAAAUGAACUGUCUUCUUCCCAGAACCUUCAGGCUGCUGGUGGUGGCCUAGGAGCAGCAGGGUCGAUGCUGUAUAGGCAGAAGCUGGAUCCGACCUGGGGUACCUACCAGCACUUCAUGCUGGAGGCAGGCCAGGCCCUGCAACACGAGGCUCAGCAGAACAAGAAUAUGGGCAUAGGCUCAUCGGUUUUGAAGAAAGAGGGCUCUGACCAUGACCAGAGAACUACCUACAGCAUCGACUUCCAGGGCCAGCCUGUAGCCGACAAAGGAAGCUGUGUAGCAAAUAAGAAUCAAUCUCACGUUUUCACUGAAGAUGUACUCCUCCGCAAGAACCGCUGGGUGUCUGAAUACAAGGACAACUACAGCGUUCAGCUACAGAAGCUGAAUCGAGCAUCUAAAGGCUACACUGCAGAGCUUGGCUCUGCCUUGAAGCCCCAAGGGGAGUCCUCCCAGAGUGAGGCUGCACCAGACACAGCCCAGUGAAUGGUGCUGCAUGCUCCCUAUUCUCCAAGCCAUGGGAUAUUUUCCACCGUAGAUCCUGGAAGCCUGGAAACGUCUCUUCCAAACCCACCAUUACCAAAUACUUCUA